AUGCAUGCAUGAUCAGCUGAUCGACUCGGGCGUCCUCUGGCACAUCAGCUGAUCAGCCCAGUUCGUCCUUGCCGUCAUUCAAGAUGGCGUCACGCACGAUAGCAGCCGCGACGAUACGAGCCGUGAAAGGAAGGAAAAUUCUCGCAACUCGUGCUGCACUCACUUUGACACCCAACGCCGUCAACAAAAUUAAAGAGAUUUUGAAAGACAAGAGUGAAUACAUCGGCCUGAAGGUUGGAGUACGGCAACGUGGAUGCAAUGGUUUGAGUUAUACCUUGGACUAUGCGACAGAGAAGUCCAAACUUGAUGAGGAAGUAGUUCAAGACGGCGUACACAUAUUUAUCGACAGGAAGGCACAGCUGUCACUCCUUGGGACAGAAAUGGAUUACGUAGAGGAUAAAUUGAGUUCUGAAUUUGUUUUCAAUAAUCCCAACAUUAAAGGGACAUGUGGAUGUGGCGAGAGUUUUUCAGUGUAGUGAAAUUUAGUCCAUUCACUAUAGUUGAUAUCUAAUUGAUAUGUACCCUAUUAAAUUAAAUUAAGGUAUUUUUGAUGCUUUGUGAUAUGAGACAGCACAUGUACACAUAUAGAGUGUCUUUUCUCAUAGUGAAAGAACUGAUUUGAUUGGAAGUGUAACGUAUAGAUAGAUGUAUCUAGCAAACUUUACAAGUUACUUGUCUGCAGAUUUUGUAAAUAUCAAACACCCCUCAUAUGCAUAUUUUUCUACACAUGUGUCUUGUAUGUAUACACAACUAAUGCGUAUGAUACAUUAAUUAUAGUAUAAUUAAUUUAUUUUUAACUUUUAGAGAUCUUGUUGAUUAACCUUUCCAUAGUCUGUUACAUCUUUUUUGCCACGUUUAAUACUUAUCGUAUGACUCUUUGAAAGUACAAAAUCAUGUAGAGACUGCAAAAUAGAUUUUAAGAUGUAAAAAUUA